UUAUUUCCGUGCGGUGUUCUUGUUUACAUUGUUUAUAAUCAUAAUAUCUAAAGAAAAAACCAUCAAAAUAAUGGUUUCGACUCGCGGCAUCAAGUACAAAUUUGCCGUAAAUGAAAGAGUGUUGUGCUAUGAACCAGAUCCAACAAAGAAGAAAGUCCUCUACGACUCUAAGGUUAUUGCCAUUUUCGAUGGCAAAGAUAGACGUGGUAAAAAGUCCAAAGUCGAAUAUCUCAUCCAUUUCCAAGGAUGGAGCUCCAGCUGGGAUCGUCGAGUCUGUGAAGAAUUCGUUCUGAAAGAUAUCGAUGAAAAUCGUCGACUACAAAGGGAGUUGGCCGACAAAGCUCAGCUGCAAAUUGGUGCCUAUUUGUACCGUAAAGAGCGCACAAAACGAAGCCGAGAGAUGAGCAGCGGUAGCAAUUCAGAUUCGAAAGGGAAAAUUCAGAAAAUGGCCGAAGAACCGUCGUCGUUGAGCAAUGGUCUUUCGAUUGCAUCGAUCGGUAACAGUGAAUUCGUUGAACGUUUGUUGGCAAUAAAACAGGAGCCGGGAUUGGAAGCAACGCCCAGCAUCGUUGAAAAUGACAACAAUCGGCUCUUUCUGCACAUUGGCGAAAAGCUGAGAAAUUUCUUGGAAUUUGAUUGUGCCAUGAUAACGAAAAUGGAAAAGCUGGUCAAUCUGCCCGCUCAAAUUCCGGUCGUCACUAUACUGGAGAGUUUCGUCAAACACAUAUCCAUCAAGGCACUGAGCUGUCCCACGCCUGUACAUGCUUUGAGGAAAAGGAGCAACAACGGCAAAGGAGACAAGCGAGAAAAGGAUUACGAGAAAUUGAUUAACAGCAUCAACUUACGGAAGGAGGUCGCAGACGGCCUGAGGCUAUACUUUGAUUUCACACUGAAGGAUCAUUUGUUGUACGGCAACGAAAUGGAACAAGCGAACACAUUGCUGUCCGAGGAUUAUUUGACAAACUUUACUUAUAUUCCAUCGAAUCGUCAAUUUCUCGACUCCCUGACAAUCAAACAGGACUCGCUGGGAACACCUGCCGGUUCUGAAAUAUCUGAACCCGCUCAAAUCAACAACGUGGAAAUUUUCGACGAAUCUCGAUAUCUCAGCAAACGCAGACUUCGGUCGCACAAGAAAAUGGAAAAAGAAUUUCUCUACGAAAUUGGCAUGACAGCGCCAUCAUCACCGAUGGAUUGUAAAUUUGUGUCCAGCACCAGCACCAGUUAUGACAUCAUACCCACCACGUCGAAUAUGGUACCGUCACAGGGUUCAAAGUCGAAGGAAAUUCUAAAAUCGGUUAUGUCGUGGCAAUUGCUUCAAUCGGAUGCACCGCCGAAACCAAGCAUGAUUUAUGGGGCAAUUCAUUUGGCAAGGCUAAUAGUUAAACUACCAGAAUUUUUGAACAGUAGCGCUAUUUCCGACGCUAAGCUUAAAGUUCUGCUGAGUCAUCUGGACGUGUUUAUGGAAUUCAUGGAAUCGCACAAGGAAUGGUUCUCAGCAUUGAAUUAUAGAGACGUGAAUAUGUGCUCGUCACCCGACUAUGACACCAAGGAGAAUAUUAUUCGAAUCGAUAUGCCAAUGGAUAAUCAUGUGUAUGCUGGUCAUCAUGGUGGUGCACGAAUUAAAAUUGAACGCUGAACGGAAGGUAAGAGAUUGCCACAAACCGACUGAUCGACGACCUGAAACUGUGAAAUAACAUUUAUAAAAGAACUCACGUUGUCGAUGGACGUAAUUAACACUUUUGAAGCAAUAACUUUGAGAAGGUUAUUGCAUUUAUAGACCAACAGAAUUAUUGUAAAAUGACUGGAAAUAUACUGAGUCUAAUGUU